ACCCAUCACGCAUCUCCAAGCCACAUAUCACCCUUGCCAGACUAUCUCUGCAACAUCAUUGACGAUCUUAACAUCCUUGUCUGGCUGGCAAUAAACACGAUCCGCUAUGGACGCCAGCAAGUCUGCCCAGUAUGAGUCGCCUGAGCAGCUCCUCGAUGUUUUCAAAUCUGCCGCCCUGUCUGUUACGAAGCUGUACAGGUCGUCGGUAGCAGCAGAGACAAGAGCGCGAGCGGAGGGAUACCAAGACUGCCUCGAUGACCUACUCGGCUUGUUGGAGAAGGAGAGCCAGUUUCUGGGGGAAAGCAGUCGGUCGCGCCUACACAGGUGGAUAACCGACCGACGCGCUGGAAGAGAAGCGAGCCCAGCCGUCGCCGAGAGCGAUGAAGACGAACCCGACAAGUCUGCCCCAGUGCCAACCUCGACUUCCACAGCAGCCCCCUUGACUACGCCAGUUCCCCCAGCACCGUCACCGGCUCCUGCGACAGCCCCCACGACAGCCUCUGCGGACGUUGCAUCCCAAGACAUGCGCGAGCCAGAAUUCAUCGUUCCCAGCCAAGAUAGCUUCACGUUCCAGUCCGACCAUCAGUAUCCUGACAUCGAGCUGCUCGACCUGUCUGAAGAUCGGGUACACAACAACGCCUCCAACAACCAUGGCGCACGAACGAGGCGGAAUGUAAGGAGUGGGCCACGACAAGCCGGGCCGCUUGGCCGCGGUGCUGGCGCAAAGCGCCGCCUAGACUUCAACGACUUCUUCGACUUUGGCAAAGAUGGGUUUGGGGGUGGGAAGCGAAGCAGACACCUCUAAUCCUGAUGACAGGUCAAGGGCGUUUGUUUGCACACAUCUGGUCAGGACCACUUAGAUAUAGCUUGAGCGACGCAUUGUUGCGGAGGAUCGCGGGAACUAGCAUACUGCAUGGGCGGCGUUUGAAGAUGUAACGAUC